AUGGCCGCGAAGUCUGGGGUGGUGAAGAUGAAAAUGACUUGCGCAGCCAUGGCCGCAGGGCCCAGGGGUAUAAGUACCUCUCAAAAUUGGCCUAAGAAUAUAACACUAGCUUCGCAUAGAAUGGAAGUUCGCAUUGCGUGCCGCAUGCUCAGACGGGAGAGAUUUUCAGAGACGAAUGAAGCGUGGCUGUGGGAAGCGACCUCCAUUGAGAGUGACGGUGAAGUACCAGACAGACACUGA